GUUCACAUUUUUUCAUCUAAAAAAUUUCACUUCUUUCUUUCUCUCUCUAAAAUCUCUCAUUUUCUCUCUAAAUUCCUCUGUGUCUCUCUUGCCUACAAGAAAAGUUUUUCUGUUAAGAAUUCAUGUCGGACAAGGGUCAGCCAUUGCCAAAAUUUGGUGAAUGGGAUGUCAACGAUCCCGCAUCAGCUGAGGGAUUUACUGCAAUCUUUAACAAGGCAAGGGACGAGAAGAAAACAGGUGGCAAACCUGAGUCACCGGCAAAGGCUGAUCCUGAUGUUAAGCCUAGAACGGAUCCUGGAAAACCCCAGCCUAAAAAAUGGCUUUGCUGCAUUCAAGCCCCGCCUGCGGAAUCUUGACGAAUUCCUGCCUAUGUAGGAGCUUCCACAAGUAUGUUCAAGCCCCAUCAUGAUAUAUUCAUAAACAAGAUAGAAUCUAUAGGGCUGUGAUAAGCCCCUCUGGAAUUUUUUUUGUGGUGUAAAAUUUAAUUCUGGUGGGAGAAAAGAGCAAAGAAGACAAACACUUACUGUAUCUAUAUAUAUACUGAUUGGUGGGUUACUAUUAGAAGCCUGAGUUAUUUACUUUGGAUUUUGCCUUCUCUGUGUCAUAAGCUGUGUAGAGCAUUUGUGGACAUUCUUUCCUCAUGUUAUAAGAGUUAUUGGCUUGUUUGUCAAAA